UAGUCAGCCUCCAACUGGCUGGGCCUCGCUCCGGGCUGCGGUGGCGAGUGAGCUGCUCCCGCUGCCCGUUUGAGGGCGAUCCUGGGCUUCCCACGCAUCACUCCCAGCCUCUGCAGUGGGACCCCGGAGCAGGGCAGCGUCGCCCCGCGUCUCUGCCCCACGGCAGCGGCCUGCGUGACUGCCUUGGCGCUGCGGCUGCAGAAGCUGCGGCAGCCUGGGCUGCAGCCUUGGCACGCUGCGGAUCCGAGGAGAGGGCGCGGGAGCAGGCGAUCUGGGCAGCGUCGCCGCGUCCUAUCCGCGCUCCCUUCCGCGUCCCCGCCCCUCGUUCGCGCCUCCUCCGGGGCUGAGAGGGUGGUACGCCGCCGCACACUGCGGCAGCGCCGGGUCCCGGACUGCCCGUGGGAGGCACACCCACCUCUCCCGGCCGCACCCCUGCGCAGCAGCAUGUCCGCGCUCGAGUGGUACGCCCACAAGUCUCUGGGUGAUGGCAUCUUCUGGAUUCAAGAACGCUUCUACGAGUCAGGCAACCGCGCCAACAUCUGGCUGGUGCGCGGCUCGGAGCAAGACGUGGUGAUCGACACGGGCCUGGGGCUGCGCAGCCUCCCGGAGUACCUCUACUCCUCCGGCCUCUUGCAGGACUGCGGGGCGAAGGAGGAUGCGGGGCGCCGGCCGCUGCUGGCCGUGGCCACCCACGUGCAUUUCGAUCACUCGGGCGGUCUCUACCAGUUCGACCAGGUGGCUGUGCACCGCGCCGAGGCCGAGGCCCUGGCUCGCGGGGACAACUUUGAGACCGUGACCUGGCUCUCUGACAGCGAGGUGGUGCGGGCCCCCAGCCCCGGCUGGAGGGCCAGGCAGUUCCGAGUGCAGGCAGUGCAGCCCACCCUCAUUCUGCAGGAUGGGGAUGUGAUCAACCUUGGCGACAGACAGCUCACUGUCAUGCACAUGCCAGGUCACUCGAGAGGCAGUAUUUGCUUACAUGACAAAGACCGGAAGGUUCUCUUCAGUGGCGACGUGGUGUAUGACGGCUCCCUGAUUGACUGGCUCCCGUACAGCAGGAUAAGUGACUAUGUUGGGACUUGUGAACGUCUCAUAGAAUUAGUGGACUCAGGUCUCGUGGAGAAGGUGCUUCCUGGGCACUUCAAUACCUUUGGUGCUGAAAGGCUUUUUCGUUUAGCUUCUAACUACAUUUCAAAAGCUGGAAUAUGCCACAAAGUGUCUACUUUUGCCAUGAGGUCUCUGGCAAGUUUGGCCCUCCGUGUGACAAACUCCAGGAUCUCCCCUUAGUGUCUGUCCUGAUCUUUUGUUGGCGUUAGCUGUGUAAAUUAACUCAGUUCCCUUGUGUUAUUUAAUAGUGAGCAUUUCAAAAAGUGUGUUUUGUAUAAUCAUAUUGUAUAUUAGAGAAAAAGAGGAUUAAGAAUGAGGAAGCAAAAAAAAAAAAAGUAGCUGUCUUAGCGUUGUAUGUUUUUCUUUUUUCCAAGGAAGAAGCCAGCUGGCCAGUGCUGUCAUUUCAGAGUGUUUGCUCUGGAAAUGCUGGGGGUGAUCUGGGCAGCGAGGAUGCACUCACCGCAGCGCAAAACCUGCCCAUGCUCUUCCUUAGUGUAUUUCCUGGGAUGCCUAGGGGGAACCAAAUGGAGUUCUGGGCUUGCUCUUCACACUUGAUUCUGUGUCCAUGUUUUAUUUAAAGAUAAAGUUUCUUGGGUUUAAAAAUAAGCAGAACUCAAUAUGAAUUAGCAGUUAGGAUGACAGCUAAAACAUCCUAUAUUUGUGACCCUGGAUUUUAUGCCUCUUUUUUAUUUUUUCUUAUUCUUUGUAUAAGACAUAACGUGAUAUAUAAUUUAACUUAUGAACAGUACAAUGAAUUUUUUGUCUUAUUGCAAAGCUUUAAAUAUAAACUGCAGAAUGCUUCAGUAAAACACUACUGUUUGUUGUUUGUUAGUGUAAGUAAUAUUUUCAGUCAUGAAAGUGAAAUUCAGACGUAUGUAACCUAACUUCAGAUUGUCAGAUUUCUUAAAAGGACACUGUCAGGCAAAUUUGAAAAUAUACACAUUGAGAAUAAUUUUUUAUUAUAUCCUAUUUUAGUAUUAAUAGCUAAUAUAAACAAAAUUUUUCUGGUUAAAUAGCAACUUCAGUAUUGUGUCAUGUUUUACAGUACCAAAACAAUUCUUGAUAUCUAUGGCAUCUUAAUGUAAACCAUUCUUUGGAUUGAUAUGACAUGUAUACGUACCACAGAAGAAUUUUUUAAUUAAUUGCCAUGUAUGUAUGUAUUAUCUACUGACUAGUGCAGAUGGCCUUCUUAUCCUGAUUCACAACACCUGUCCCUGCUCAGUGUUCUUUGUCAUGAAUUCAAACAAGUCUGUGCUCAGACAUCAUAAGAAACAUUCAACCUCUAUUCAGUGACACUAGGUAAAGUGUUUGGGUUUGGUGCUUUUAAUAAUCAUUUAUCAAAAAGUUUUUUGGAAUAUUUCAUAAAAGUUUUUAAAACAGUUUCCCACUACAUUUUUAUUAUUGACAUCCUAUUACUGAUAUUCUAGACCAAAGGGAUCAACUUUUGGAAAUCAGAUCUUUUAAUAUUAGGAAAAAGCAGCAGUUCUUAUUUCUGUCAAGUUAUGUAACAUUUUACCCUACAAACACCCAGGUUCUUCAGGUUUUCUUAUUCUUUCAGUAGGCAAACAUUCACGAGUGUGAGUGCACACAUACACAGAUACAGGCCAGGCCUACACACAGUGA